CAGAAUAUAAAAACGUACGAUUAUUUUCAUGGGAUUGAAUAUGUUUUCUUUUUUCAUCACAAUAUUGAUGUGUAUUGCCAAUAUUUAUUAUUGUUUAGAAAACCUUUCCAGAAGAAAAACAACAAAUAUAUUACAGAUUUCAACAUAUCAAGGCCACGAAGCAGCAUUAGCUGAUGAUUGGAAUUUAGAUUUCAAUGAACCUAAUUGUUCGCGCACUAAUACAAACCAGACACAAACUCGGCUUCAGGUAGACUUAGGGAAACCAUAUAGCUUAAAUAAUGUGCGAAUCCAUCGACGAGAUGUAUAUAUGUCAAGUUCUACGGGACGGUACAGGAGAGGGCGGUUCUACCUUGAUGUGUCGGAAUUUUCAGCAACUACCUCAACAACAAAACAGAGAAUACGCUGUUACACCGAAAAUAGAGUGUACCAGGCAUUGCCUAUAAAUAUGAUAAACAUACCUUGUAAAUACACAGCUAGAUACGUCAUUGUGGAGACAAAGUACAACGCUCCUGAAGAGGAUUCUUUUUCAGAAAAGGGCCUUGAAAUUUGUAAAAUAGAGGUUUAUGGAUGUGAAAUUGGGAGAUAUGGUGACGACUGUAGACCGUGCCGCGGAUGUCUGACGUGUGAUGUUAGCAGUGGUUUCUGUAAUCAAGAUUCGAGCUACCCAGUAAUACAAUUAAGUCUUUAUUUUGGACUGGCAUUCCUUUUCAUGGUAUAUGUCUUGUUUUGUCGUAUUAAACGAGGAAACAAGUGCCUUUUCAAAAGAGAAUAUACACCAAAACAUGACACUGCAUUUAGUACAUGUAACCCAGGCCAAACCAAUGAAGUGACUACAACCCCUCUAACCCAUGCUAACCUUAAACGAUUCAUUUGUAAUAAGUUCAACUAUAAACAUUCAACCAAACUGGAUAUGCAUAUAGAGUUGCAGACAUGCAUAACGACUUUGCUCAAAAAAAGAUUUUUAACUCAACAAGAAUCAACUCAAGCUGAAACAAGUAGCCAGACAUCAAUUAAUGAAAAUAGCUCCAACUGUGAUCGUGUAUCUUAUGAAAACGUGCCGGAAGUUGAAUGUGUUGUUAAUAACAGCAAGCCCCAAGUAACAAUUGACAAGGAAGUAAAUCUGUCGACAUGUAAACAAUGUUAUUUUAAAAGAGGACUUACUUCAAAAUCAGAAAAGACUAGUCGACUGUCAACUAAUGAAACUCAUUCUGAUGGUAAAUUUUACGAGGACCUGAGUAAAGACGAUCCUGAUUUGGCUGACUAUGAAGAGCUAACAGUAACAGAAACUAUCUUAGAUUCAGAGAUAUGCAAACAGUUUGUGUGUGAAAAAGAAUAUGCAACUCAACCUGCAAAAGAAACUAGCAUCUUAAAUGAGGAACGUGUUUCAAACUCUGAUUUUUAUUGUGAUGUUCCAAGUUUAAAUUGUUACGAAAAUUUAGAUGGAGAUGACUGUUAUGAGGAGGAACCUAUUUACGAACUACCCGCACAACCUGAAGACAACAUCAAAAGGAAAUAGAUUACUAGACCAAAGUCAAGGAUUUGCUGAAACAGUAUUAAAGAAUGCCUGCAUGCAAAUGAACUCAUGUUUUACCCCAGUUUAUGUUAGAUUUGUUGUUUCUAUUGCGAUAUUUUCAUGUUAUUAGGUCCUUAAAAUUGUUCCCAUACAUGAAA